AACGGGCAGUUCGCCGGGGGGAAAGCUCAGGCUAUGAACAUAUAUAAAUGUAUAUAAUUACAGCACGAUAGGAUUUGGAGAUAUCGUGCCUGGGCAAAGCCUGGGUGAAGGCUCGCAAGAAAAGCUGAUCGUCUGUGCGUUAUAUUUACUCUUUGGUAUGGCGCUGAUCGCGAUGUGCUUCAAGCUGAUGCAGGAUGAUGUGGUACAGAAGGCUCGAUGGCUAGGCCAAAAAAUCGGUAUUCUUGGUAAGUUAGCUGCACUUCUGUUCUGAAU